GCCGUCAGCGCGGGCAGGGGAAGCUGUGCCGCCUCGAGCUGCGGCUGUUGGUGCAUGGCUUCCAGGUUUCCACCUUCGGCUCCAUCCGCCUUGCUUGUGACGACUUGCAUCGCAUCACGAACCAACAGCUCGACGGUCUUUGCAAAUACACAGCGAGAUACUUACGAUAAUCGCCGCACUACCCGUCGACUACAGCCUCCAAUACAUCAAAUACGUUUCACUACCGUCAACCAGACUCUAAUCUCCCAAGAUGGCCGCCCAAAACUCAGCGGGCAUUCAGACCCUCCUCGAUGCCGAGAGGGAGGCAUCCAAAAUCGUUCAAAAGUCGCGAGAGUACCGCACCAAGCGAGUGAGGGAAGCGCGAGACGAGGCCAAGAAGGAAAUCGAGGAAUACCGCGCGAACAAGGAAUCCGAGUACAAGGGAUUCGAAGCACAGCACACCCAAGGCAACAAGGCGGCAGAGGAGGAGGCCAACAAGGAAGCCGAUGAGAAGAUCAACGAGAUUCAAGCGGCCGGGACGAAGCACCGCGACGAGAUCAUCAAGAACCUGCUCUCGGCCGUUUCCGAUGCGCACCCGACCCCUGUCUCAUGAAGCCUCAUAUAGUCGGAGAAUGCUAGGACGGGGAAGGCGGUAAUGCGGCAUGGGAAGCCGCUUUAUCUUGCGGGCUCUUUGCAUGUGGCGAGCGAGACAAGGGAGAACCAGUGCCAGGAGGCGGUGUAUGGUGGCAGCGUUGCAGCGGUCAGAGCAUAAACUCGGGCUGCGCCAGCGUCAAUAGAUUCGACUUCUGCAGUGAC